UUGCCAUCUUGGUCUUCGCGACUGACGACGCACGAUAGGUCCGAUUGUGAGUUCAUUGGUAUGUGUUUAAGCCCGGUUAGCUUCUGCUAGGCUGGUCUCGUGUUUCCAGUUAUCUACCGAUUUACCGAACUUUGAAGUGAGUGUUUUUUUAAUCGAAAUUAAAAUCAUGUACACCGUCUCGAAGGGACCUAGUAAAAUCGUAGCAAAAACACGCAGAGGUAUUAGCCAGAACUUGGAGAGACUCGAAACAUUGCGUGACCUUACGCGAAAAUCAGAUCCUGACGAUAAUCACGAUGUUGUCAAUCACGUUCCUAAGCCGGUCUUCCACAUAAAUGGAAAAUCAAAAUUCAGCUCUCAGAGGCAGAACCAUGAAGCAAUUACUCCACAACACGAGGAGCUCAUCAAGUUCGUCUACGAAUCUUGGAGCCAAGUCAGCACUCAAAAUGGCGAGUCCUCCGAUGGUUCGGAAUGCUCGGAGCCUUGUAGUGAGCAGUUAAAUUACCGUGCAGGAUCCAUAGUUUAUUACAACGACGGAGAACCUAACGUUAUUUUACAGGACUUCAAACCAUUCGAUUUAGAGUCUUGGUGGGGUAAGCGGCUCUUCCACAAUAUCACCAAGUCCCUUUAAAACUCUUGUGGACUUAACAUUAGCAAUAUCCAGUUGAAUUAUUGUAAAAUUAUUAACGAUACGAUUGAAUGAAUCAAGAUGCGUGUUGAUUUCGAUACGAAUAAUGUUUUGCAUGAAGACAAUUACGCGCACAAAAAAUCGAUUCAACAUUCGAAAUUUAGUAAAUAAUAGUCAUGAAUCUUGCAGAAAAAAAAACGAAAACAAGAAAAAAAAAAGGGAAAAAAUAAACAAGUAAAACUAUGAAAAAAAAAAAUCAGCAAUAUUUUCUAACGAUAUCUUUCUGGAUUCUUGUUUUUUUCAAUCGAAAGAUAUCGUUGCUUUUACAAUAGUGUAUAAUAAACAAAAAUCAUUAGUCGAGACUUCUAUUAGAUGCGAAAAGUCUUAAAGUUACAUUUGAUAACUAGUAUAGAAAGUUAUAGAAAGAAAAUUGUAAAAACGAGAAAGAAAGAAGAAUACGUCAUGGUUAUACGUACCUAAGUGUAUAGGUAGGUGAGAAGAAUUGAAUUUACACGCGAUAAAAGUUUUUACGAGUACCAUUUUUUACACACGAAUGAAGAAAAAAAAAUAAAAAAAUCUAAAAAAAUAAUUAAUGAAAAGGAAGAAAAUCAAAUCAAAUAUGUAAAUAAUAGGUGCUUUUGUUAUUUGUUUUUUUCUUAUUUUGAAGUAGCAAAAAAAGAAGAAAAAAAAAAAAUGCAAAUAUAUUUCGUUGGAUAUUGAACUGUUAUUUGUUGAAUUUUAUUGAUUGUUAGUAAAUUUUUGAGGAGUUGAAACCAUGAUAUUGUAAUAGAUAAUAUUCGAACUUCUUCAGUGUUUUUUAUCGCUGUUUAAUAUCCUGUAGAACGCAAUGUGUCGUGUGUUUUGUCAUAUUAGUUGAUUGCUAAAGCAAGUGAAAAAAUUUCGACCGCUAUCGUCAUGACGUUCUUUAUUUUUAAAAAUACAUACGCUAUAUACAUAAUUUGAUCAUCACAGGGAUUUGAUAUAGAAAAUGGAUCAUGAAUAAAUGCAAUUUCACGUAGACAAUAAAUAUUAUGAUUUAUCUUAACAUAAAAAAAUAUAUGUAGAAUGAAUGUUGCAUGCCCAACAAAAUAUUAAGAAAAAAUGAAGGAGGAAAAAUAAUAAGAAAAGAAAGAAAUUAACAAUAACGAAAUAAAGCAAUUGAUUUAUUAGGUAUUAUUGAACAAUUGUGCGAAUAUGUCUUUAUACAUGAAUGUGUAUGUAUUAGUAUUUUAUACACACAGCGCUUGUCCGUCAAAAGAAUGUUUGAAAAUGAUAUCAAUAUGAUUGUUAAAACAAUUUUAUCAUUUAACUAUAUUUUAAGUAUAACUAGUAUAACUUCGUAGACUGAUACCAUUAAGAUUGUUAUUAAACAUAUAUACGCAUAUACAUGCGCAUAGAUAUGUAUUUAUCUAUACACAUCUAUAGCAGCAAUGUGGCGUUGAAUAAUAUUAAUGGCGUGGCUCGAUUAUUGUUGAGAUUGUUAAUCUGGGUGUGUAAAAGUUUAUUAUCUCAGCGAUAAUCGGCUUUUAACAGUUCUUAUUUCUUAUUUUAUGUUUUCUUUUUAUUCUGUUUCGAUGCCAUUAAUUUAUUUUUGCCACAUGAAAUCGUAUUGCAAUUCAUAAAUGAAUUGUAAUUGUAGUCGACUAUGUAGUGAAAAAAAAAAAAAUUUGGCCAGUGGCUGCCGAAUUUGUUACAAUUAAAACAAAAUAUAUAUAUAUAUAUAUAUAUAUCUUUAUAUUUUAA